GGCUGUCACAGUCCCCAGUCGACAAUGGUUGGCUUUUGUGUGUCACUGAAGCAUGGAUGAGACACAAAUCAGAGGCGCAGCGCGAGUCUGCCGCCCCGGACUACUGGAAGGGAGGGGCCUCACCAGCAUUGAUUCGACUUGCAAGCAGCUAUGCGGGUUGCAAGCAUGGAGGAUGAGCAUAGCCAACAACACGGUAACCCAGUGGUUGGUGGGGAGACGUCAUGCCCACAUCAUCACCUUCCGCAUUCCCCCCAGGAUUGUGAAGCAACAGACGUCCAUUCUUGCAAAGAAUGGAGAUAAGCAAACACGCGAUCGACCUACGGCCAUGCACCCGUUUGUGUCGCCGUUGGGCAGGAACGAGCAAACUGCUGUUGUUCUUACGCCCAAUCCGGCUGACUCUAGAAAACGCUUGCACCGAAAUCAAUGUCGCAAUUGCCCAGUAAAGGCCCUCGAAGACACAAUGGAUUCCUACGACCUUAUCGAGGACAACGGGCGGGAAUCUACGGCGGAAGCGAUGGAAGGCGGAAGCAGAAGCAGCCACGAUAUCACUGCCCAGCCUCAAACUCGAACAAUCCCCGCGACAGCGUCUUCUUCGUGGGAUGGCAGGGAAUCGGACGAGGCCAGCGCAGGCAUAUCGUAUGAAUGGGCAUCAGCGGCGUAGUCGGGUGCUCGCGCUCGGGGGUUGUAUUCAGAUUCGGUGGGGCCAGGGCAAUGUCAUCGAUUUCGGCCUGCAGCGGUUGCGAUGGACGGUCAACAAACACCGUAUCGGCACGCGGAGUCGGGAUGGUUCAGGAUAUGGCACCGCGCCGGCGAUUGCGAAAGUGGCAAGAUGGCGUGGAGUCGCACACUUGGAGAGUCAGGUGGGGGUCGAACGACGAACUCGAAAUGGACGCGCGCACAAUGGGACGGCGCGUGAUCGGACGAUUCUAGGGGAACCUCGGGGACUGGGGCUCGUCAGGGUCCGUCAAGGUCCCUCUGAGGGCCCUUGAUGAUCCAAGGUGUUGCGGUGUGGCAGUUGCUCGAGAGCAAUCCGUAUCCGUACAUGUCCGACCAGGAGAUCUCGAAAUUCGCUGAUAGUUGUCGCCGACCCGUCAGAGACAUCCCGCCACUUGCGGCCAGCCCUCGCUU